UUGCCUUCGUUGGAGAUGCUCUAAGAGGGAAGACUGGGUGAGGAGGGUAUGGGAGUUGUGAUCAUAUGAGGAUUGAAGCUAUCCUACAAGUACAAGCUAGUAGAGAGAUUUUCAAGAAAAAGUAGAACCAUGUCUUUAUUAGCGAUAUAAACAAUGUACGUAAAAGAAAGAGAGAGAGUGUCCCCCUCAAGCUUUAAUCACCAAACACUCCUUAUUUAUAUUCCUCUUCAGUAACUCAUCCUCACCUCUCCCACAGUUUAGUGUUCUCUAUUCUCAAAGUCCCACUUAAUAUUGCCUAUCACAUGUUUGUGUACUUGUCCCCCUGAAAGAAAACUAGUGACAAGUUCUAGCUAGCAACAAUGGUGGUCAAGAAGCCAAGAAUUGUGAUCAUUGGGGCAGGAAUGGCUGGCCUCACGGCUGCCAACACGCUCUGCACAUCCCCCGGCUCGACGGAAUCGUUCGAAGUUUGUGUAGUAGAAGGUGGAAACAGGAUUGGUGGGAGGAUUAACACCUCAGAGUUCUGUGGUGACAGAAUUGAGAUGGGUGCAACUUGGAUCCAUGGCAUUGGGGGUAGCCCAAUUCACAAAAUUGCUCAAGAAAUCAAUUCACUGGAGUCUGAGCAGCCCUGGGAGUGUAUGGAUGGGUUCUUGGAUGAUCCAGCGACAAUUGCUGAAAAUGGGUAUGAACUCAAUCCCUCUAUUGUUGAGCCUGUGACUAGUUUUUUCAAUAAACUAAUGGAUUUUGCUAAGGGGGUUGAAGAAGGCUUAAGCAAAGAAGACAUUGACUUUUUUGAUAAUAUCACAAGAGAAAGUCCUCUUGGAAAGCUCAGUGUUGGGUCUUUUCUUAGAAAAGGGCUAGAUGCUUAUUGGGGUUCAAAGAAAGGCCAAGAGGAGCUCAAAGGGUACGGGAAUUGGACUCGAAAAUCGCUUGAAGGGGCCAUUUUUGCAAUCCAUGAGAAUACCCAAAGGACUUAUACAUCAGCUGGCGACUUGCAAACACUUGAUUACAAUGCAGAAAGCGAGUACCGGAUGUUUCCUGGUGAAGAAAUCACCAUUGCAAAGGGUUAUAUGAGCAUAAUUAAUUUCAUUGCUUCUGUUUUGCCCUCCGGUUCAAUCCAAUUAGGCCGAAAAGUUGCAAAAAUCGAAUGGCAGCCCGAGAGUCAUCAUGAGUUGGAGAGUGAAAAUGGGCAUGAUUCUAGGCCUGUGAAGCUGCAUUUUUCGGAUGGAUCCAUUAUGUGGGCAGAUCAUGUCAUUGUUACAGUCUCAUUGGGGGUGCUCAAAUCCGGAAUACAAGAAAAUUCAGGUAUGUUUGAUCCUCAACUUCCUAAUUUCAAGAAAGAGGCAAUUUCAAGACUUGGGUAUGGUGUUGUCAACAAGUUGUUUUUACAAUUGAGUCCAAACCAUGAUAGGAUUCCAUAUUUGCAAAUGGCGUUUCAUCGACCGGAAUCCGAAUUUAGGAACCAGAAAAUCCCUUGGUGGAUAAGAAAGACAGCUUAUAUGUGUCCAAUCUAUGGGAAUUCAAGUGUCCUAAUAUCUUGGUUUGCUGGGAAAGAAGCUCUUGAGCUUGAGUCUCUCGAUGAUGAAGAGGUUAUAAGUGGGGUCUCAACAACAAUAUCUAGCUUUUUAUCAUAUUCACAGAACAAUGGGAAGAACUCCAAUUCCCAUGGGAAUUUGGAUUCUGUGGAGAGCUCUAGUGGAAGAGAAUUAAAAUUCACCAAGUGUUUGAAGAGCAAAUGGGCAAAUGAUCCACUGUUCUUGGGAUCCUAUAGCUAUGUUGCAGUGGGAUCCAGUGGUGAAGAUUUGGACACAAUGGCUAUGCCAUUGCCCAAACAUACCAAUUUUGGGUCAAAUUCUCCACUCCAAAUCCUGUUUGCAGGGGAGGCAACACAUAGAACCCAUUAUUCCACCACCCAUGGAGCCUAUUUUAGUGGUAUUAGAGAAGCUAAUAGGCUUCUUCAGCAUUAUAACUGCAAUGGGGUAUGAGAGUUUCUUGUUUCUUCUUUAACUCCUUUUUCUCAUAUUCAUGAAAUUGCCAAUCUUGGUUAUUCUCUCUUUGUGAUGUGGUUGGAGUGAGAGAAAAGAGGAAUAAAAAAGGAGGGAGUAAGAGAAAGAAAGAGAGAUGGUGACAUUAGUUAAAGAAGCUUCUUUUGAAUUUGCUAUGGUAUAUGAGUUUUGAGCUGCUUCUUUUUUUAAUUUAAUUUGAUGAUGUCUUGAUCUUUGAAAGCAAGCUAGCUGACUUUAUGAUGUUGGCAUUGAAUAUUUGUAUGAUAAAGUAGAGAUAAAAGAAAGCAUUUGAUCUCA